AGGCAAACAGGCACAAUCAACUUCCAUUCUCUCAUUCUUCCUUUUUACAAUGCAUCUCACCACUCUUUUCCUCAACGCCGGUCUGGCAACCGCAGCUUCUCUUCAGCCACAUCUCCACCCACGCGCCGCUCAGAAGUCCGCUGUAAAAUGCCCCAUAAUCUUCGAUGGCCGCAUCCCAACCAACGCCACCCUCUCGACCUUUGACAGUAGCGUCACCUCACCCUUCAACACCGGUGCCGUAAAGGGCGAAAACCGGACCUGGUCCUCCAUCCUACUUCUACCAGAAACAUGCACCCCCUCUCGCUUCGACGUGCCCAAAGUCACCAAACCCUUUGAAGUAACGAUCGACGACGGUUCGAUCUUCCGUGCAGGCGAAAAACUACAAGUUGGUUUCCGCCGCGCGGGUCUGAUAUUCAAGGACGACAAGAACGACGCGGGAGCCGAUCAGGCCGAUAAAGGCGUUGUCACAUUCCACUGGAGUAUCAAGCAAGAUGAGCAGCGCCCGCUGAACCUGAGCCACGAGUACAUGAACGUGUGGCACGAGAAGGCUGAUUUCAGCGGCAACCAAUUCAUGUUUGUCGGGGGUGUGGUGCUCAGUGGUGAUGGUGGCACGGGCAAGGAUACCAAGAAGGAGAGGGAGGUGUGGAAGAUUCAGAACAUCAAGAAUGAGUUUGUGUUUCAGACGAAGAUGCUGUUUGGAAAAUGGCAGAACUUUGCGGUGCAGUUGGAUUACCCGAAGAACACGAUGAAGGUCUUCUACUCGGCUGGGACAGAUCCACUUAGGCCAGUCACUGGAGCUACUCCGAAUAACAACACGGGUGGCGGUCAGAUGCAGCUGGGUAUCGCGAAGAAGCCGACAGAGACCAAGACGGUGGUAUUCGAUGGUUUCCAGGAACACAUCAAGUUGAGGGGUGAGGGACAGAUCUAUGGUGGUGUGUUUGUGGAGGACAGCACAAAUGGAUGCGUCAGUCUAUGA